AUGGAGAAAUCAACUACGAAAGAAACAAUGGCUUUAACUUUAAAAAAUUUAAGAAAAAAUAAAUGGGGCUCAUUAUCCAAAAAAAAAAUAGAAGGUAAAUCAUGCUAUUCUCCUAGAAUAGAAAAAAUGAUUGAAGUAAUAUCCCCCAUUUUAGAUUAUUAUGGAUAUAAUAAGGAAGAUGUAUACAAUUUUAUUAGUUUAUACAAAUUUGAUAUAGAAAAAAUUCAAUUAGAAUUAGGUAAUAUUGUGGAAUCUAAAGAGGGUAAUGAAGAAGGCUUAUGGGAAACAGUGAAAACUCGAAAAAGCAAAAAAACACCCGCAAAAAACGGGAAAAAAAAUAACCUUUCACAAAAUAAUACAAUUGGAGGAAAAAAUAACAAAAUUGAUAAAUUAUUUUCAAAAGGUUUUAAUUUAAAAGAAAAAGAUUUAAGAAAAAAUAAUAAAUAUAAUAAAAAUGAUAAUAAAGCCACAUAUAUUGUAAAUUUUGGCUCAAAAAAUGAAGAUAUUUCACUAAUAAAUAACGGUAAUAAACAACCUUAUGAUGAUAAUAUGACAAAAAAAAAUGUUAUAGGUGAAGACUCACGAACAUUUACAAAUAUAAAAUCAAAUUUACAAAAAAACGGAGAAAUAAAAUUAUCUGAAGAAGAUGAAGGCAAAAAAAAUAAAAAAAAUCUUAAACAAUCAUCGUCACAUGUUAUAAUAAAUGAUGACAAUUUUUUACAAGGUAAAGAAAUUACAAACAAAAAGGGUGACCUUCUAGCCAAUAAUAAUAAUAACUCCAACAAUAAUGCACAAAAUUUUGAUAAAAAAAAGCUAUUAGCAUCCGACGAAGGAGAGAAAUCUAAAUAUAAUGAUAAAGCAUUAGGUAUAAAAAAUAGUAAAAAUAACAAGACAGUUAAUAUACCAUCAACAGGUAUUACUAAUAUUAAUGUGUCUGGAUCGACAACAGUCUCAAAUUUUAGUAGAUAUAGUAAUUUUAAUUAUCAUGAUAAAUAUUUUAAUAAAAACUACAAUAGAUAUAAUAAACCAUUAAACGAUUCAUAUUAUGGACGGAAUAAUGGUAAUAAGACUAGAUAUUCCACCUUUAGCAAUAAUAACAGUAAUAACAACAUAAAUAACAAUAAGCAAGGCUUAUAUAAUUCUGAUAAUAAUCAUAUUAAUACCCAUGAUGGUAAAGGAACUCAACAAAAAAAUAAUUUGAACAAAUAUACUAAUAAAACGGAAAAUCACAGUAAAAAUAAUAACAUAGAUGGUUUAGAUUGUGAUCCUUCUACGGAUCAGCGACCAAAUGGCGAUUCACCAAAUAAUAAACCUUCAAAUAGUGAUGAAAAUAAUAAUGAUAAACCCCAAAAAAAAAAUAUAGAUGGAAAAGUUAAAAAUGAAAAGGGUAUUACAAAAAAUAUGUCUUAUGCUUCUAUAGUUAAUAAAAAACUUAAAGACGCCUUUUCAGGUGUUAUACAAAAAAUCGAAGGAAAAAAACCCACACCAAACGAUCAAGCUAUAAAUAAAACGGAAGAUGAGAGUUGUAAAAAAGAAAAAAAAAAUAAUAAAAAUCAGUCACCAAAUUCUAAUAAGAAUUCCGUCAACAAUAGUAGCAACACUGACGGAAAAACUGAUAAAUUAUGGGUAUCCAUUAUUACAAAAGGUAGUAAAAAUGGAAAUACUCACGAUAAUAAUGCAGAAAAUGCAGAUGAUAAUGCUACAAAAAAUGAUGAUAUUAAUUCAAAAGACUUAAAAAAAGAUGCAAAUAAAAAAAGUGCUCAAAAUAAUAAAAUUGCAAAGCAAAAAAAAAAAGAAAACACUCAAGGAAAAGAUCAAAUUACAUCAAGUGAAAAUAUCUCCAAAAAUAAAGAAGAAAUAAAUUUCGAAAAAAAAAUAUUAGAAGAGGGAAAUAAAAAAGGUCAAUUAAACGAACACGCAAUUGAAACAAAUAAGAAAAAGAAUGCCCAAGAAUGUGUUAUAAGUAAUGAAAAUAAUAAUAUUUCAGUAAAAUCAAAAAAUGUUAAAGAAUUAUCUAGUGACGUUAAAAAAGGAAAAACCAAAAUAAAUCAAUCUGGUGCGAACAACGUCGAAAAUAAUAGUUCAAAAUUCACAAUUUCUUCACAGAUGGAUAAAGUACAUAGCCACCAAUUAUCGGUGUCAGAUGAUUAUAACAAUAUGAAAGAUAAAAACAAUGUCCCAAUAUUUAUGCCCGGUUUAUCUCUAAUGGGUAAUAAUGUAAAUAAAAAUAUAUUUUUUGGUAAUAUUAACAUUACUGGAGAUCAAAUAGAAAAUUUCCAUGUCCCCGAUAGCGACAUCGAGCUAAUGAAAAAUGAUAGCAGUUAUCAAAAUGCUAAUAAUAACAGAAUGAUAAAUUCUGAAAGUAGAAAAAAAAAUAGCUUAAGAAAAAAUUAUGAUGUAGAUGCAUCUCAAAUUGAUAUAAAUGCCGAAAUAACUAACAGUGAUAAUAAUAGUGGCAGAUCCUUAUUACAUAUGAAGGAUAGUGAAAAUAGAAAUUAUGAAAAUAAUCAUAGAAUUAAUAACGGUGCUGAAAAUAAUAGCAAUAUUGACUUAAGAAACCAAAAAGAGAGAGAAAUGAAACAUUUGUACUUUAAAAAUAAAAGCCAAAAGAGAGAAGACAUUAAUAAUGAAAGCAAUAAAAUAUUAAGUGAUGAUAAACAAAAAAGAAUAUUCCAUACUCAAAAUAAUAAACAAGCACAAGUUAGUGCAAAAUCGCAUCAUAUAUACAUACCAAAAAUAUCCGGAGCAAUAGGAACAUCAUCAACUAAUGAUAUAUCAAUUAGUAGCCAUCAUCAAAAUAGUCAACAACAUCAUCAAAUUCAUAGUUCAUUAAACAAUAAUGUUAAUAAUAGUAAUCAAAAUAAUACAAAAUAUUUGAUUAAUAAUUCUUCAUCAGUAUAUAUGAACCAAUCAUUACAACAUCAUUCUGCACAUGAAAAUAAUAACUCUUCAUCAUCUCUCAUUAAUGGAAAACAUAAUAAUAAUUAUGCACAUAAUGUAAUUAAAAACAAAAAUUAUGACCAUGAUAAUGAAGAUGCAAAUACUUUGCAAUUAAAUCAAAUAUCUCAGAAAUAUUUACAAAAUCAACAUAAUUCAGGAAACAAUAAAUUAUCAACAGAUAACAAUAAUAAUACUGUCGAUGAUAACAAUAGUAGUAACACCAACAAUAUCAAUGGUAAUAUAAAUAUCGGUGUAAAUUCAAGCAAUGGAUUAACAAAUAAUAUGUCGAAUAAAAAUACAAAUGCAGAUGCUAGUAAUAUGAAUUUAAUAAAUUUAGGAAUGAAUAAUUUAAGUAAUAAUAAUAUGUACAAUUCAUAUAAUUCUCCUCCAGGUUUAGCUAAUCAAUUUAAUUAUUCAUUUACUAAUUUAUCAUACCCAUAUAAUAACAUGCACUACAGUGGAUAUACUACACAAACAUUAGUUCCUCAAUAUGGUUUAAUAAAUAAUCACUAUAAUAAAAAUAAUAGUAUUCAUAAUAACAAUUUUAAUUAUAAUAUGAAUUAUGAUAAUUUUGACGAAACUAAUUUAUAUGCUCAUAAUAAUAAUAUGCAUAUGAAUAAUUAUGUAAAUUUUAUGAAUUCUAAUAUAAAAAAAAAUCAAUUAAAUGCAGAUGAUGACGCCUUAAGUAACUCUGGUGAUGUAUCUAUAGCAGGUGCUUUACAACCUCAUAAUUUAUCUCAUGAUAAUCAGAAUAAUAAUUCUAAUCACAAUGGAACAAAUAUGAAUAAUUCAUCAUGUAUAGAUAAUACAACAAAUAAUAAUGCUAUUAAUAAUUUAUCACUAAAUAAUAUGAACCCAAGUAUGAAUAUACCUUGCUCUAGUACUAGUAAUACUAACGAUUUAAAAAAUAAAUCACAAUUAAAUAAAAAUAUUAACGAUUUACAAUUACAAGCACCUAUACAAUCAAUGAAACAAAGCCAAAACGCUCAUACUAAAAGUAACAAUAACAAUAGUAAUACGACUACAUCUACUGCUUCGAAUAAUAUGAGCAGUCAACAUCCACAUAAUAGUAAACAUUCAGCUCAUCAUCAUCAAAAUUUAAUCAUCACUAAUAAUAGUGGCAAUAAUAAUGGCAAUACUAAUAAUAGCUCUAUAAAUCAAUAUUCCCAAAAUCAAUUAAAUCAAAACAAUUCACAAAACACAGCUUCAUCGACUUCUUCCUCUUUAACAGGAAAAAUAGAAACAAAUAGUUUAAACAAUAACGCAUCACAAAAUAAUCAAAAUAAUUACUUAAAUAAACAAUUAUAUCAUAAUAAUAACUACUAUAACAUAAACUCAAAUAGUUAUAAUAUACCACCUGGAUUUAAUAUGUCACAAGAUAAAGAACAAAAUGCCAAUUAUCUUAACAACAAUGUUACUACUACCAAUGCUAAUACAAAUGUAGCAGCUUACAGAAAUAAUUGGAAUAGUAUUAAUGAAAAAAAUCUUAACCACUACAGCAUGAAUUAUAAUUACAACCGAGGAAACAAAAACAACUUCAACUAUACUAGCAACUUGAAUUACAAUAACAGUAAUGGAUAUAAUGGAACUCGAGAUAAUACAAACACAUUUUUUAAUUAUAAUAAUUUUAGUUAUGCUUUGCAAACCCCACCAGGUUUACAAAAUUAUUAUCAAAAUACUCAAUAUCAACAACAAAACAAUUACAACAGAAGUUACAAUUAUUCCGGAUAUAAUAACAAUUUAUCUAUGUGGAAUAGAGAAGAUUGA